AUGUGUAUCAUGUUCUACGACAUGUGGCGCCGCGAAUGGGCAUUCUGGCGCAACGAGUACCGCUGGUGGCAAAGCCGGCGCGACUACAACACGGGCUACGACCGCGCGACGGGCCAGUACACCUAUGCGCAGCACAUGGCUCCAGCGGUCGUCGUCCCCUCCCAGCCCGUACACGUCCAGGUCGCCCCCGUUCAGCCCCAGCACACGGCAUCCGUCCAGGCCACCCCGCUGGUCACGGGGUAUUCGAGCUACGUGCAGUCGGGGUACACGACGCCAUACCACGUCUGCGCUGGACGCAGGGACGGGCGGAACGCCGGCGGUCUCUGCAAGUACACCGUCGACACGGGCGGCAAGUACCUGUCGUGCAAGUACUGCCUCAACCCAGGCCAUUGA